UCAAUAUAGUUCACCCCCAUAACCACAAAAUCCUUUUAUAUUUCCUUUCCAGCUGCGGCCUAAGCAUAAUGCCCUGACCCAUCUCACGUGGUCCCAUCCUUUUUUCCGAUUAUUAAACCAUAGUUGUUAUUAUUUUAACCCUGAUUAAAAUUCUACCCCGAGUCCUCCCUUUUUAGCUCUUGUUCGGCCCGUACUCUGCUUCUUCACUGAUUAAGCUCUGCUGCCUGCCUCCUAUCUCUUCAACGUUCACAAUGGGCGCAUUUCACCGACUCAACUUGCUCCAUUUCACGCUCUCUUUAGUUGUCAUUGCCGUCAAUGGCCACAAUAUAACGGCCAUUCUCGAAGGUUUUCCAGAUUACUCUGUUUACAAUAGUUUCCUCACCCAAACAAAGCUGGCCGAUGAGAUUAACACCCGAGAGACCAUCACUUGCCUUGUCCUCAACAAUGGGGCUAUGUCUGCCCUCACAUCCAAACACCCCCUUUCCGUCGUCAAAAACAUCCUCAGCCUUCACGUUCUUCUGGACUACUAUGACCCCCAAAAGCUCCACAAAAUCUCUGAUGGCACUACCCUCACCACCACGCUUUACCAAACUACUGGUAAUGCCCCUGGAAACCUUGGUUUCGUCAACAUCACCGACCUCCAAGGUGGCAAAGUCGGCUUCGGCUCCGCAAUUCCUGGCUCCAAACUCGACUCAUCUUACACCAAGUCUGUUAAGCAGAUUCCCUACAAUAUCUCUAUCCUUGAGAUCAGCGCUCCGAUUAUCGCUCCGGGUAUCUUAACGGCUCCGGCCCCGUCGUCUUCUGGCGUCAACAUUACCGGUUUGCUUGAAAAAGCCGGCUGCAAGACUUUUGCUAGUUUGCUUACCAGCAGUGGCGUGCUUAAGACUUACGAGUCGGCGCUUGAUAAAGGGUUGACCGUUUUUGCUCCGUCCGAUGAAGCUUUUAAAGCUGAAGGUGUCCCUGAUUUGGGCAAGCUCACCAAUGCAGAACAAGUCUCACUUCUAGAGUAUCACGCCUCGCCGGAUUACAAACCUAAGGGAACGUUGAAGACGACGAAGGACCCGAUCAGUACAUUGGCGACUAACGGCGCUGGAAAGUACGAUCUGACAGUUACAACCGCCGGCGACUCGGUGACACUACACACAGGGGUUGGCCCAUCCAGGGUCGCCGAAGCAGUUUUUGACUCACCGCCGGUCGCCAUUUUCACCGUUGACAACGUUUUGCUCCCUUCUGAGCUGUUCGGCAAGUCACCGUCGCCAGCACCAGCCCCGGAACCAGUUUCUUCGCCUUCACCGACACCAUCUUUAUCUCCAAGCCCAUCCCCAAUGUCUGAAGCACCGUCACCACUUGCAGCUUCACCACCAGCUCCACCAACUGGCACCCCCGUCGGAUCCCCGGCCGAUUCGCCAGCUGGCUCGUCAGAGAACAGCACAUCGGAUAAUGCCGCCGGUCACGUGAGUGCUCCUCUUUUGGGCACCAUCAUUUUCACCGUCUUUGCCACUGUCGUUUCAUCAGUUAUCUUGUCCUGAAUCGUAAUUAUGCCAGUCCGUUAAUUUGUUCUUUCCUUAGUUUUUUUUUUUUUGAGAUUAUUUAAUUUGAGUAGAGAGGGCUUUUCUUAUCUAAUUUAUGUGGUUGAGAGCUUUGUUAAACGUUUGUUUUUGUUGAUUACAAUUUAUUAAUCGUAAAUUAAAGAUUUAUACAAGAAAAAGAGGAAUUGAGUGUUGGGAAGUGGGAAA